AUGACUGAAUCAUUCGUAACCCCGGAACAGAUACGGCUCCCACCCAGCCCAACACGUUCGCCGCUGCCGUACCCAAAUGAGGAUCUUCUUUCUGUGCCUUCUUUGUUUACUACUUCUAUGCCGCCGAUCCGAAACCGAUCACCGUUAUCGCGAACUCAUGCACGGUCUCGUUCGCUUGCAAGUCCCUUUCCGACGCAGAUGACGAGAGCUCAUUCGUCGCCUGGACUGGAUUCACGCGGUCGCUAUGUUUACCCACCAAGCAUUGCAAGACCUCCGAGUCCUAUGGAACACUCGAUCCGAAGACAAAGCCCGUUACGUGUUGCGGAUGAUAUGCGGACCUUGAACCUGAGCUCUCUGAAUAUCUCAGAGACUAUCUCCGAGCAUGCAGAACUCGAACUUCCUUCACCAUCGCCAUCCACCGAAUCGCAACCUACCUACUCGCAAUUUUCUCCCUCAUACCAAAAUACCAAUCCGCGGCCUAGUCGACGAUCAUCUUCAUCAUCGUUACACAGCAACCUCUCCAGUAUCACUAUAAACACAACCAGUAGUCCAGGCUCUGUUCAUUCGUCUCCGGUCAUGGUGGCUACAAAGUUUAACGAGUCGUAUCCGGGACUGUCUUUCUCGUCUGCCUCUUCAAUGCCGUCUACUCCAACCAGUCUCCGCUCGCGCAGUCCCAGUAUUUCUUCUCUGGAAACUAUCCCCGAUAUCCCUGAUGCCGAAGCGGAUGCCGAAGCGGAAGCAAUAGAAAUGGAAGAAACGGCUCGAUUGAAAUCGGCCGCCGACGCUACAGAUGCAGAUUGCUUGCGACGCCGAUCUACGCUCGAGAACUCUAUGUCCGGAAAUGCAAGAGGCUACGGAGCGAGGAACGAUAAACGGAAGCGCUGGAGUGUGUGCGGAGCAGAGCGACGGCAGGACCUCGAUCUAGAGACUAUCUGGGAAGACUAA